AUGGACCUCGAGAAUGACGGCGCCGCGGGCACAGCCGCCGUGUGGGCGACCGUCUCCCUGCCGCAAAUCCCUCUCGUCGACGGAUUCAGCUUUCACCAAGCGCCGCUUCCGUGCGAAGCGGCUGGGUCCGCGGAAAAUAACGAAUGGGGCAGCCGGUUCAUGGGAGAAUGGGCGGACGGAAAGUGCAGCGAGGAGCAGUGGAGGUUGGAGAACAAGGGUGAUAAUUGGGGCGCUAUGGGGGAGGAGAGAAUGGUCGUGGAAGGCGCUGCGGAGGCUCCGCCAACUCCGCUGAUCCAAGCCAUUGCGCGCAAGAACAUAUCCGCUUCCGCCGAAGUCUCCCCCAACAAUGGCGCCUCCGUUGCCACACGCUUAACGAACGGAUGGGAUCCGCUGCAUCUGAACCUGCAGCCUCGGGAGAAUGUUCAGGAAUAUCUUCAGGAAAAAACACAGUGGCAAGUCGGCCAAGGCAACGACGGCUCCUGCCUCACUACUUCCCCCUCCGCCGCCACAUCCGCCGGCGGCGGCUGCGCUAGCCGCCGAAGCCUCGGGGGAGUAACCCCAUCCGCAGCAACCAGCGCUUACGCCGCUGGGGUAUCUUUUGGGGCCGCUAUCCCCCUUCUGACUCUUCCGCCAUCCGCUUCCUUCACGGGCCCGCCGCCUAGCGCUGCUGCCUCGCACGGCACGGGCAAUCAAACCACGGAAUGGCAAGAUCGCCGCGCUGCAGCUGCUGAUUCCGCUGGUGGCGCAGAGCAGCCCCGCCCCGCCGUGCGCGAGCAGCAGGAGGCGGCGGCGGUGGGCGUCGCGGCGGUGAUUCAGCAGGUGGCGCUCGCCGCCGUGGGGCUGCUUCCGCCGCGCUUGCAGGCGCAGCUUCUGCUGCCCGACAUCGCGGGGGUGGUGCGCGCGGAGCAGAUUCGCGCGAAGCAGGAGCAAUCGGCGCAGCAGUACGCGGAGAUGGGGAAUGCUGAUCAGUCCGCGGAGAAGCGGGACGAGGCGGAGGCGCAGGGGCAAGCGGAGGCGGAAGGGGUCCAGCAGCCGCACAUGCAAGAGGCGAUGAUGAUGGCUCUGGCGCAAGCGCUGCAGCUCCAGGAGCAGCAGCAGCAACAGCAGCAGCAAGAGCCGCAGCAGCAGCAGCACGAGCAGCAGCAACCAGCGCUGCCCACUGCUCCCUCGCCUCCGCCGCCUGCUGUCGCGAUGUCGCUCCCCCUGUUUUCACCCGUCGCCGCUCCCCCUUCAGCCGCGCCUGCGCCUGCUGACCCUCUUGCGGGGCCUACUGCGGCCCCUCUCCUUCCCCACCCUCCCCCUCCCCUCGCUUCCCCCGUUUCCGCCGCAGCAUCCGGAGCUGGCGCCAGCACAGGGGAAGACGACGCUGAGGUGGGAGAGGAGGGAGGAGAAAAGGCGGGAGAGCAGGGCAAUGCGGAAAGGAGCAAGAGGGGAAGGGAACAUGAUGCACAGUGCCGCUUCAGCUGCCCGGUAGCGGGGUGCAAGCGGCACCGGGAGCAUGCGGCCUUCCAGCCGCUCAAGACGGUGCUGUGUGUGCGCAACCACUUACCCGCCCGCUCGCACUGCCCCAAGCUGCUCGCGUGCUCGCGCUGUGGCGGCGCCAAGCGCUUUGCGGUGCUGGCGGAUCUGCGCACAGCAUGA